AUGCACAAGCACGGUUUAGAUGUUCUCAUUACUAAGAUUACUAGCACACAGAGGUUGCGAAGAGAACAAGAUAAAGAUCUACAAGAAGACAACACGACAUGCAUACCAGCAAUUAUAAAAGGACAACCAGCAUCUUGCGAUUUUAUAUCGAACCCAUCAACACAAGAAGUUAUAACUUUAGAUAGAAGUCACUUACUUAUCAGUUCAUCCGUUUGGUUUAUAUUUGAUACGACGUGUGGCAUACGAGAACGAAACCUUACUGGUUCAUUUAUCGUUGCAUAUGAAGAUUGCAAUAUUUUCUUUAAUAACAAAACUAUUUCAAGCAACACGAUUAGUUUUCCGGGAUCACCGAUCAAUCUUCCUAUCUAUGAAUUAAGAUCGGAGAUGAAACAAAUCCAUUUAGAAUCACACAGUAUCACAUGGAAAACGUGGUCAAUAUCUAGCCUGGUAAGCACUCCGUUUAUAAUAUUGAUUGCUGUCGGUGGAUACAUUGUGUUAAAAAUAUGUAAGAAAAGGACAGACAUCAACAUUAAUACACAACCGGCAUCACAUACAACGGCAAUCUACAAACCGCCAACUAUGAAAGAAUGCCUUCGUACGGAGCCUCAGAUUUAG